UACCGGCCAUAUGAGCUCGGCACGAAAAUCAGGAAGCUGAGGUGCGAUGUGUUGACGUCAUGCGAGCGUUCGUCGACCGCAACAGGGAGGUGAACCCCAUCCUCAAUGCCGUCAUAGCCGAGAGGUUCGACGCGGCGAUACAGGAAGCCGAGAUGGUCGAUGCCAUCUUGGAUGCAGGAGAGACGGACCAGCGGUACACGCAAGAGAAAGCACCGUUUCUUGGCGUGCCGUUCACUGCCAAGGAAGCAUUCGCCAUGAUAGGCAUGCCGAAUUCUGCGGGGCUGUGGGAUCGCCGCGACCUUAUCUCGAACACGGAUGCCGACGCGGUGCAGCGGUUGAGGGAGGCGGGCGCCAUUCCCAUCGGCCUUACCAACUGCAGUGAGCUGUGCAUGUGGUGGGAGUCGAGCAACGUCGUGUACGGACGCACAAACAAUGCCUACGACCAGACCAGGAUCGUGGGAGGCAGCUCAGGUGGUGAGGGAUGUAUUCUGUCGGCUGCUGGAUCCGUGGUCGGUAUUGGCUCGGAUGUAGGCGGGAGCAUCCGAAUGCCAGCGUUCUUCAAUGGAAUCUUUGGGCACAAACCUACUAGCGGGAUUGUUUCGAAUGGAGGGCAAUUUCCCCAGGCUACAGACAAGAUGGUUCAUUUCCUCGUCACGGGGCCAAUGUGUCGAUAUGCUGCUGACCUUGUACCCAUGUUAAAGGUGAUGGCAGGACCCAGUGGCCUUUCAAGGCUACAGCUUGAUUCCAAGGUAGAUCUCAAAUCACUUACCAUUUACACGAUGGAGGAUGAUGGUGGAUGCCCUGUAGUCAGUCCUGUGCAUCCCGAGAUCAAGGCAGCACAGAAGAGGGUAGCUGAUUACUUUGAGAAUGAGAUCGGAUGCACAGUGAAGAGAGUCAACCUGAAGCUGAUGAAGUAUUCACUGCAGAUUUGGUCAGCCAUGAUGGCUUCUAGUGAUAGCCCCUCGUUUGCACAGGAGUUGUCAGGGUACAUGUUGCCCGAGGAGCGCCGCCCUGUCAGCUGUACCCUCGAGCUGUUCAAGUGGCUCAUGUGCUCCUCUAGUCACACGCUGCCAGCCAUCGGACUCGGUCUCAUGGAGAACCUGGCACUGGUCGAUGAGAAGGCGAUCGCAAUGUGCGCCAGUCUAAAGAACGAGCUGAGCGACAUGUUGGGUAACAACGGCGUGCUGCUGUACCCGCCCCAUCCGCUGCCGGCCGUCUACCAUAACCAGCCGCUCUUCGUCAUGUACAACUUCGCCUACACGGCCAUAUUCAACGUUCUCGGCGUCCCCGUCACGCAGUGCCCCCUGGGGGUUGGCGGCGAGGGCCUCCCCAUCGGCGUGCAGGUCGUUGGCGCUCAGCACAAUGACCACCUGACCCUCGCCGUUGCCGCGGAGAUCGAGCGAGGCUUUGGGGGCUGGGUGCAGCCGGGCACGAGCGGCCACUAGAGGGCGCCGGUGGUCGAGCGUCGUCGGCAGCGACGUCGUCUCCGGUUGAACGAUACGAGGGAAACAAAUGGACAGACGUACGAGGGAACAGACGUGCAAGGCGAAUACGUAAUUGUCUAGUUUGUUGGAUGCAUGCGCUUGUCUUGUUGCUUUAAAACAGUAUUAAGGGUGGCGGGGAGCAGCAUGAUGAUUGCUCUGUACGUUCCUGCAGGCAGCAAAUGUGCUAGUCGAAAAUACCAGGUGCCAUCGUAGAUGUGUGAGGCUUAAAACCAGGAGGUCACAAGAGGUUAUAAUGUCCUUCUGAUAAAACCAUGUUCGGUCAUAAUGAAAUAUAGCAGGAGUGGAUCUUGCGUAAGGGGGAAGUAUUUCACUGUGUACCAAUCAACUCUUUCGAUUCUAUAUAAUUUCAUUUGUCUUUGGGUCGAUGGCACUAGUAGGCGACUUUAAUUUUGCUGCAGUUGUUGUUACAGAGCUGUCAGAAACUGCAGUGCUUUCAGCUAUAGAAUUCGGGAUAAUAUUAGCUAUUGUUGCUAAUAAUCACUGAUGCUUCUGUUAUAAGUUGCCAUAAUUUAUUUCGUAAUUAUGUGUGUGUGUGUGACAUAUUUUUGUCGUUUAUGUUUUUGUUAAUUAAUUUAAAUAUUUCAAGCACUUAUUUUAAGUUAUUUUAGAUGCAUCGACUGCUGCUCUAAUGUGCCGGUCAAUAACGUCUGCAUGCGUUUGAUGCAUUUAUUUCUUAUAUCAUUAUGCAGAGGCGUACUUUUACAAAUGGACAAAAAAUGAAUGCCACUGUAAACAUUUCACUGCAUUACCCGGUGUAUAUAUAUAUAUUCCCCUGCUGUAUUUAAGAGAAGGAGCUGUUGGGGAAUAAUGGUUUCAUUCAGUAUUCAGUGCAUGCGCUGGUUAAGCAUGCUUCCGAACAUAAAUGCAAAAAAACGUGAAAUGCUUACUAAUGGCAGCAGUGCAACCACUAUGUGCUUUUGUCAGUUUUUAAAUAACAUGCGUUUUUCUAGCCGUAAUUAAUUGGCUGGCGGCAAUUUAUUCGGUGACUAUUUUUUUUUCAUCGGAUUUUGACGAGUGAUGAAAUGUUUUCUUUCUCUGGAAUCUGACGAGUGAUGAGUAAUUCACUGGUCGACUGGCGUGAAGUUAUCAGAAGCGGUAACUGGUUCGCAGGAUUCCCAUCCCAUUAUUCUAGGCUAUUGUCGGGCAGUUCUACUACCGGCAGUAAAUUGCCGAAGUUGACGUGCCUGCGAGGCGUGCGGAUUUCUUAGGUUUUUGCACGUGCGUGGAGAUAAAAUCCGUGGUGCUUAUAUUGGCCAUGCAGGUCUUAUGAUUUUUCGCUGUGACAUUUUUGCGACACUGCUUUGAUUGUGGUGAUAUUAUGUGUGCUAGAAACUACAACCGAAAUUUACACUACAUUUUCGGUCUGCAUUUUUUCGUAAUACACCAUUCACACCAGGGCCCCGAUCUCACUACGCUCGUACUACGCUCCAAGAGCGUGGUGGAAACGUG